ACUUCAUUAUUUCGUCUGCACAUUUGAUCUUUUUUCAUCCACCAAGAAAGUAUUUACAAUUUCUGAAUAAAUCCAGACAUAAAAUACGUAAAAUACACAAGGCAGGAGAGUGAUUAUUAUUAUUUUUUUUAGUUUAGUCAGAAGUUGAGAUGGAAGUCAUUUUGGACACAGUGUUCAUAUCUUGCGGCCACAUUUUUGGAGCCAUGCGUCGCCAUGUCUUUAGUGGGUGGAGCCUAUACUGCACUGUUGCUAGGCAACUACUUCAAAGGCAAAUAUGCGGCAUCAUCACCAUCUUUCAUCAUGUUCACCUAAGAGUCUAGAAUACUAGUCUGGAACUCUGAACUACUACUAUACACAUUUUGUUGCAGAGAAAAUGAGCAAACCUAACUACGACCACAUCAACAGCGCGGAGGACCUGAAGAAUGAAUUCUUCACCCUCCAACAGUACAACGAGUUCCUCUGCCGAUGGACCCACUCCCUCCAAGAGAAAAAUUCAUUCCUCGAUUCGGAAAACAAAGCCCUCAAGGAUGAAACUGAGAACUUGUCUGACUUGCAAAGAAAGUUGAAAGGUGAAAACAAGGCCCUGAAGAAUGCAAUCAAGAGCCUCCAGGAAGAAAACACGUCUUUGUCACAACGAAAGGUGCAAGUGGAGAAUAAUUCUGACAAGACUCUGCAGCUGAUGGAUGAGGUUCAGAAGCUGAAGGAGCGGCUGAAACACGAAAGAGCUGUUUAUUUGGCUCAGAAGAAGAGAGACUUAGACUUUCAAAUGGAGCUGAAAAACUAUGUGAUAAAGAUCAACACGGAGUUGAUCAAGAUGAGGGAGGAGGUGGAAAACCUGCAGGACAAGCUCUACACUGCAGCUACCGAAAACCGCCACAACUUGGCCACGAUGAUCAAGACCAUGGGAGACAUUACCAACACGGAAAAAGAGGAGGAGCAUUACAAGAGAACCCACUGGUUCUUCAGCUGGUUCGGGUGAGAAGAACUCAAGAAAUAAGAUAAAUGCAAUAUAUGUUAAUGAUAUCAUUCAGAAAUAAGUUUCGUCACCUGAUGAAAAAGCAUUGAGAGCUUCAUCCUCCAUUUCUCAUGCCAGGCGGUGCUGUCGCCCAUGUCCACCAGCUCAUCCAUCU